UGGAUUAAGGCGAAUGCGGAGAUGGCUGGGAGGAAGCGUUGAAAAGGCAGGCGGUGGGGAGCAUCACCGAUUCUCCCGUGUGCUCUGGUUUCUUUCCCCAGGUUCGGGCCAAACCUUUCGGCAGGGAGAUGAAUCUGCCGUGGGAGCCGUUGCGGUAGUCCACGAGAGUGCCGAAGUGGGGGUGGACUUCCCAAUGAAGACAGAAGCUGCUUCUCUGGUCCUCCCUGAGCAACAGUUUCCUAUGCCAUGAAUAACGCCACCAUGCCCACUUCUGCUGAGCCAGCUCACGAUUCCUUGGUGGCUUAUAUUCUGGUGCCAUUUUUCCUUAUCACCAUUGUCGGAGUCAUCAUGGCUGUGAUGAUGUAUAUCCAGAAGAAGAGAAGAUAUGACCGGCUGCGUCAUCACUUGCUGCCAAUGUACAGCUACGAUCCUGCGGAGGAGCUGCAUGAGGCUGAGCAGGAGCUCCUGGUAGAGGCGGAGGACACGAAGGUGAUGCGAGGGUGGGGAGGAUACCAGCCCUGCCGUGGUUCAUUUCUGGAUGUGAAAGCUUGAUGCCACUCGGCUCAGACUGAAAACGGCGUGGAUGGGUGACCUCAGCUACCUGGCGUGCAUGCCAACGUGAAGCGCUCCCAAAUGCCAUUCACUUUGAAGCGGCUGCCUUUCUUUCCAGUUCAAUACCAUGUCCUCCCAGUAUUCUUCCUUUACAUUUUAAUAUUGUGUCCUUCCAGUCUUAGCUCCCAGUGACAGAAGGUGAGUGGGUGCAGGCCCGGCUGUCAACACGGCUUUCCCUAUGCAUCCAGUGCACAGAGUUGGAGUUUGCAUUUGGAUCUGGGAAUGCUCUGACUAGGCACACUAACAUUCCUCACACUUCUCUUCCUUCUGGUUUGCAUUUGAUAUGAUGUUGGGAGAUGCUGGAACUUCUGAAACGUUGGGUGAAAUGCAACUGAAUGGCUCUUGUACUAUGAGCUACAGUCGUUAAAAAGCCCAGCUUUAUAAAAAAAAAACCUCAAUGGAUCUCAGCUUCCUUUUGUGAAUGAGCAGCAUUAAAGCUGCAGCUGCUAUGACAUUUCAGAACAUUUGCUAGCUGCCACCUGCAGAUAAUGGGUGUUUCACUUAGCUGUUGGGUACCUAUGAUUGUACCCCUUGAUAGAUGCAAGGAAAGUGAAUAAAACAAAUAAAUGAAGCUGCAUAGCUAGAUACUUGGGGGGCAAGGGUGACAGAAGAGGGCUUUGCUGUGUAAUAUCCUUCACUUUACAUCUUGAAAUGUCUGUAAUGAACAGAUGCUGAUUGGUGUGAGAAAUUGUGUCUGCACUGCUAUAUGCACAUUGGCUGGAAAGGUCAAGCAGGGAGCAUGUCAGUCAGAAGGGGCCUUAAUGUAUUUCCGAGGAGUUGUUUCUUUCAAUGAAACUGCGUUCAGUAAGGUGGUUCUUUCUAUAAUGAUGACUUUUGUAUUUGGGAGCUCCUUUAUGUUUUGUAAAUAAAAUUCAUUUUGAACAGGA